AUACGUUGCAUAAUGCAGUAAAAUAACACUUCUGGAAAUUUACGAUCGCCAUUGCCGAAUUAGGGAUUUUCGUGUUUUAACCAGACACAGCCAAGAUGUUCUGAUCAUAUUCUGACGUUGAAAUCUCCGUGAUAAUAAAAAAAUGUUUGUCGAUAUUUGGUGGGUGCUGCUGGAAAAAAGCCCGAUUUAUUCAAAAUGAAGUGCAAGGUAAAAGGAGUGGUGACGGUCACACGGUCAACUAAACGGUUCUGGCACGCUGCAAAAUGGACCUUCACGCAUCACCAUUAACUCUAGACUAAUUUAGGCUAUAUCCUGGUGGUUGGGACAUUAUCUCGUACCUGUAACUUAGCACUUUAGUCGUAAUUAGUUACCUCUUCGGUUUCGGGCGUUUAAAACUCCAUACAAUUUCUGCAUGUAACCCACAUACCCCUUUACGUACACGAGUCGAUCUAGUCACGACCAAUUGAUAACCAAAACGAUAUGACGUUCUCGACGGACGACAAACCGCGCAAGUAUCGCUGCGACGUAUGCGACAAGCGCUUCCUGGGCACCAACGACCUAAAGAAACACAAAAGGGUGCAUACCGACGAACGACCGUACGUAUGCAACGAGUGCGGCGUCGGGUUCCGUCAGGGCGGUUCCCUGAAGAACCACAUCGCUUGCAAACACUCGCCAGGACUGCAGAGCAAAGAGGUGUUCGUGUGCGAGUACUGCAACAAACACUUCCCGAUAAAGGAAAGGUUGCGACUGCACCUGCGCGUCCACACAGGCGACCGUCCGUACGAUUGUGACGUGUGCGACAAAAAGUUCGCGCGCGGCGGCCAGUUGGCGCAGCACAUGCGCGUUCACACCAAAGACAAACCGUACGUUUGUCGUUUGUGCGACGCGAGCUUCACGUGCUCCGCCAACCUGAAGCUGCACAUGAACCGACACCUCGACAUACGUCAGUUCGUAUGCGACAUCUGCGGCAAAUCGUUCUUCAGACGGGACGCGUUGAGGAAACACCUCAAUUGUUACCACUCGAACGUGAAAGCGUUCCACUGCGACGUGUGCGACAAAGACUUCAAGGGACACCUGCAACAGCACAUGAGAACGCACGUGAACGAAAAACCGCACGGCUGCGCGCACUGCGGCGCGAGGUUCGCGCAGAGAUCGCACUUAACGGUCCAUCAGAGGAUACACAGCGGCGAGAAACCUUACCGCUGCCAGGUGUGCUGGAAAGCGUUCGCGCACUCUACCGCGCUCAAGCUCCACACCAGGAGGCACACCGGAGAAAAGCCGUUCCAGUGCGCAGUGUGUAACACGGGGUUCGCACAGCUACCGCACUUGAAGAAGCACAUGGUAUGCAUCCACAAGAGUGACAAGCCGUACUGCUGCGGUUCGUGCAGGGGCUUCUACAAGACGAAGAGCGAGCUCGAGGGUCACGAGACGCGGUGCAAGCAAAAGAAAAAAGGCGAUACGUCUAAAGGUCACGACCCGAAAGUAGAGCCGCCGAUGUCUUUGCAAAAGAUGCGGCUCCUGUUGGCCGUCUUGCUGAAGAAGAUAUCGACCAGGGAGCGACUCGACGAGCUGGGGUUCAACAAGAGGCUGAUCGACGACAUCCUGGUGGAUUCGAUCGAGAAUUCGGGCAGGAAACCCUGCGCCGAGGACGGACUGUCGAUUGCUGAAAAGUUAAAGAGGAACAUCCAGAUUUUGCUGGAGUGGACCGUGCCGGAUUACUAUAUGGAGAAGUUUAAGACCGAGCAGAGGUCCACUGAAGAGUUGCUCGAAGAGUUGACCUCGUAGAGCGCUAGAUAACUA